UUCGAAGUUUCCCUCUCUUCUAUAUGCACUUUCCUCUCAAUUGAAAGUACUGUCAAUCUCCACGGAGAUCCUGAUGCAGGUAUCACAGUAAGCUGCUCUUCUCACAGGUCAAUUACUUAUCUUUCUUCUGCUAUUUGAACUAGAGAGAGAGAGAGAGAGAGAGAGAGGGAGGGAGAGACUAAAACCCUAGGUUACUUCAAGAGGAAUAUCUAGAGUCGGACUGGCCCGUGGGAAAAAAUGGGAGAUUCGACGAGAAAGAUCGACGUAGAGAAGCUAAUCGCGUUCGGCGAUGACCUCGUCGAUUGUCUGAAGGAAGAAAGGGACGUCAAAAACUUGACCCAACACUUGGAGCUAUCCAAGGCUCUUCAAUCGCAUUGCGAUGCCGAUUCCAAAGCUGUUCGUAAUUUGCUUCAAGAUUAUCGGAAAAAGAUAGAUUUAUGCAAGAAAAAGGCAGAUGAUGCAAAAUCUGAAGCUGUUGCGGAUGUGGCAAUGGAUUUUCUUCAGAAAGAGUUGGAAGAGGAACUUCAGAGAGAGCAUUUUCUUAGGGAGGAACUUAGAGUUAUUACAAAUGAAAUUGGCGAUCUAGAGCAUCAAGGAGUUUCUGUUGAAGAACGGAGGCAGCUUGUGAAAAAGCUUGAGCAAGAGGAGCUGAGGACACAGAUGAAGCUUUCAAUGUAUGCUUCUGUCUCAAGUAUAAUACCAAACUUGGAGGAUCAUUCCAAAAUAUCAGGCCAUGUCGUACAAAGAGAUAAAAAGGUGGUUGAUAUGUUUGAAUUUGACCCUUUGAAGGCAACUGCCUUUGAUUACUGUAACAGCAUAUGGAAGAUGGUCGGCCUGUGAGACACUUCAAAAAUUCUUCCCUUUCCAAGGCAUGCGUAAUGGGUUUUAUGAGUAUGUUAUUAUUGUAGUGUUCUGUAGUUGUAUUGAACUGGAACAUUUUUGUUUCCCGCAUUUCCAAUCGUUAAUCCAUGUGAUUUGUAAUACUUGUUGCCUUAAAUCACGCACAAGUUUCUGGCUCUAGAAGGGCAACUACAUUAGCUUUAAUGGAUUAGCUGUUUGAUCCUUUAAA